AUGCGACAGUUCUCAGGGGUCAAACUGGGGUCACAGUGGAGAAGAUGCGACAGUUCUCAGGGGUCAAACUGGGGUCACAGCGGAGAAGAUGCGGCAGUUCUCAGGGGUCAAACUGGGGUCACAGCGAAGAAGAUGCGACAGUUCUCAGGGGUCAAACUGGGGUCACAGUGGAGAAGAUGCGACAGUUCUCAGGGGUCAAACUGGGGUCACAGUGGAGAAGAUGCGACAGUUCUCAGGGGUCAAACUGGGGUCACAGCGGAGAAGAUGCGGCAGUUCUCAGAGUGCCAGCAGGCCCAUCGUUCACCCCCCCCCAGCCCUUCCUUCUCCCUGCUAAUCACCAUGCUCUUCCACGUGGCCUAUGUCCUGAUCAAGUUUGCCAACUCUCCUCGACCAGACCUCUGGGUGCUAGAACGUUCCACCGACUUUGGAGAGACCUACCAGCCGUGGCAGUUCUUCGCCUCUUCUAAGAGAGACUGCACUGAGCGCUUCGGACAGCGAAGCAUCGAACGGAUCAACUCCGACAACGACGUCAUCUGUACCACUGAAUACUCCCGCAUCGUACCCCUGGAGAAUGGAGAGGUGGUGGUGUCUCUAGUGAACGGGCGUCCCGGGGCGAUGAACUUCUCCUACUCCCCAGUCCUGAGGGAUUUCACCAAGGCCACCAACAUCCGCCUCCGCUUCCUCAGAACCAACACACUUCUGGGACACCUGAUGGGCAAGGCCCUCCGCGACCCCACUGUCACACGCAGGUAUUACUACAGUAUUAAGGACAUCAGUAUUGGAGGACGCUGUGUGUGUAACGGACACGCUGAGGCCUGCGACCCACACGACCCCAACGACCCUUACAAACUGCAGUGUGAUUGCCAGCACAACACUUGUGGGAGGUCAUGUGACCAGUGUUGCCCCGGAUUCAACCAGCUACCAUGGAAACCAGCGACCAUUUACAAGGCUAACGAGUGUGAACGUGCGU